AUGCAACGACAGUUUGCAAGUUCGUUGAAGCAAGUCGUCGCGCAAUAUUCAACCAAAGCACCAGUAAAAUAUGCUCGACAAACUUUUGCUAGUCCAGUGCAUGACGGUUGGGCUGGAAAACAUUUACCGUUCAGUCUUCGUACCAAAUGGGGUUUCUUCACCAAGGCUGUAAUUUUUGUAUCCACUGGAUUUUGGAUACCAUUCUUCGUUGUCGAUUUUCAUUUACGGAAAGCGGCUCAAUAA